AUGAAAAACCAUCAGUCUCGCCCUACCGGGUCUCAACCCAUACCUGAGGUGAAUGCUAUUUUCACUAGUGGUCAUGCCAAUAGACAUGGCAACAAGCAUGGCAAUACUAGUGCUCGUGUUAAGGGACGUGAUCGUCAAAGACCUAUUGGUCAAGUCCGUGGAAGUAUUAACCAACGAUUGGAUCCAAAGAAAAAUGCCAAAAUCCACAAAGGCAAGGGUCAGAUGAACAAAGCCCCCAAGAACAAUGAAAGUUUUUGCACCAAAUGUGGUUGCAAUGGCCAUUUUUGGAAAACUUGUCGCAUGCCAGAUCAUUUAGUGGCGCUUUACCAAGCCUCUAUCAAAGGCAACAAAGCUGAAAUUAACUAUAUCGAUCAGUCAGAUCCUUGGGAUUCAUCUGAGCCAUUGGAUACCACUCCACUCGACGUCUCUGAUUUUUUUGUGGACAAUGGACAACAUAUCGAUGACAUGAUCAGCGGCGGUGUUCACUACUAG